AUGCUCAAUCUCCCAUCACUAGCAAUAACAGCUCUCCUCCUCAUAACACCAGCCGCAAGCGCAAAACCACCAGGCCAGAAUGCAAUCCUACUAUCCAAUGUUCAAACCCUAACACUACGUGAUGGUAAAAUGACCAGCUCCCGGCGUGUCGCGCCCAUGCCCCAGCUCAGCUGCACAGGGCCAUCCAAGAAGAUCUGCGACAUGUACCAAAUCGAAACAAUGCGCUGCACAAACCAAGGCUACGACUAUGACGAGGAAGACGUACAGUGGACCUGCACAGCUUCACUUCCAGCUGAAUUCAAGCUCGGCGCCACAGAUGUCAUCUGUGAGGGAUAUCGAAACUCGGAUGAUAAAUGGGUUCUCAAGGGCAGCUGUGGUGUUGAGUAUCGUCUGUUGCUCACUGAGCAAGGGGAGAAAAGAUUUGGGAAGAGUCAGAGUCGUGCAGAUGCCGGUUGGGCUUCUCGGCAGACCGGUGGUACGGCCGGUUAUCGGAAGAUGUUCGCCCUGCUGGGCGAUUUAAUCUUCUGGGGAUUUUUUGUUUCUGUCGCCGCCUUGAUCUUCUGGCCCAUGAUUGCAAAUUGCCUUGGACUGCGAAGAAAUCGUGGUGGAAGAGCCCCUGGACAGGGUUGGGGUGGGUUCUGGGGCGGCGGCGGCGGCGGCGGCGGCGGAGGUGGUGGUUAUCCUGGGCCUCCACCACCUUAUAGCCCUUGUCCUGAUCCUAAUGCUUCUUCUGGGCGACAGGGUUGGACUCCUGGUUUCUGGAGUGGAGCUCUAGGUGGUGCUGCUGCUGGAUACCAGAUGGGUAGACGUGGGAAUAGCGGAUUUGGAUCUGGAUCCAGAUCUGCAGGUUAUGAUGCUGGCGAAGGUAGCUCCAGGUCUCGCUCGCCACCCCAAUUCUCAUCUACAAGUGAAAGCACUGGCUUCGGAUCGACGAGGCGCAGGUAA